CUCCUUUGUUAAAAUAACUUACUUCUCCCUGCGACGAUACUUGACCUAAAUCCUUGAAAUGUAGAAGGAUAUGUUGCUAUGCUAUAUUUUCGUGCAGCUUGUAAUAAUAAAAAUGGCUGAUGAAUAGCGGCGUGUUGAAUUCCGGUGGAAAGGAAACUUCCGAGUCUGUGUGAAGCGGUUUUUUCUCGUGGAGUCCAUCCACUCCCUCUGGUGGACAAUAGUACACCGUCAAGUCCUGCGACCACGUUCCGCAACGAUAAAAGGAAAAAUAACGAAAUAACAAGUAUUGAUUUCAACGUAAACAAACGAAGUAGACCCAUAAGUACUUGAAAGUUAGAAGAAAACCUGCAAAAGCCUCAUCAGUUCAUCUAAAAUGGCUAAUCGGCGCCAGCAGGGGGAGCUGUGAUUGUAUCCCUCCUUCCCCGCUCUACCGUGUUCAUGACGGGGCAUAAACUCAUGAAAACCGCGGAGUUGAGAGGCAGCUGCGAGCGGUAAUGGAUAACUGUACUGGUCAUUCACACGUUUUAUUGAGCGUUUUCAUAUUAAUAACAUGUUUAUUUGGGCUAUCGCUCGGGACGGAACUGAGCUUUGUGACUUGCGGCUCGGUCGUGAAGUUGUUAAAUGUAAAGCACAAUGUCAGACUGCACUCUCACGACGUGCGCUACGGCUCCGGCAGCGGGCAGCAGUCUGUAACAGGCGUGACCACGGUGGAGGACAGUAACAGCUACUGGAGUGUACGGGGCACCAGCGGGGCCCAGUGUCACCGGGGGACUCCUAUUAAGUGUGGUCAGACCAUCCGCCUCACACAUGUCAACACUGGACGCAACCUGCACAGCCACUACUUCUCCUCUCCGCUUUCCUCCAACCAGGAGGUGAGUGCGUUUGGUGAGGAGGGAGAAGGAGACCACCUGGAUGAGUGGACGGUGCAGUGUGGAGGGGCGGUGUGGCAGCGCGAGGAGGCUGUCCGCUUCCAGCAUGCCUCCACCGAUGCAUUGCUAUCGAUUACGGGGGAGCAGUAUGGCCGGCCCAUCCACGGGCAGAGGGAAGUGCACGCCAUGACGGGCCCCAGCCAGCACAGCCUGUGGAGGGCCAUGGAGGGGGUUUAUAUGAAGCCCAGUGAAAGUCCACUAGGGAACAAAGACUACAGCCAUCCUCUACACACAGAGUUCUGAUUCAAUCAGACUACAGCCAUCCUCUACACACAGACUGACUACAGCCAUCCUCUACACACUACAGCCAUCCUCUACACACUACAGCCAUCCUCUACACACUACAGCCAUCCUCUACACACUACAGCCAUCCUCUACACACUACAGCCAUCCUCUACACACGGGCUGACUACAGCCAUCCUCUACACACGGGCUGACUACAGCCAUCCUCUACACACGGGCUGACUACAGCCAUCCUCUACACACGGGCUGACUACAGCCAUCCUCUACACACGGACUGACUACAGCCAUCCUCUACACACUACAGCCAUCCUCUACACACGGGCUGACUACAGCCAUCCUCUACACACGGACUGACUACAGCCAUCCUCUACACACGGGCUGACUACAGCCAUCCUCUACACACGGGCUGACUACAGCCAUCCUCUACACAGAGUUUUGAUUCUCAAUCAACCUGACCUGGCUCUAUAUACCAUUUUCUUCCCUGCUCUCUCUCUCUCUCCUCCCCACCCACCCACCCACCCACCCAGAGUUGUGAUCUACUCUGGCCUCUGGCCCCCUGUAUCCAACCCAACUUAGUUGUCUGCCUACCUGUCUCUUACUCAACUCCCUAUGUUUUGAGGACACUCUCAAGCACAGUGGAUCUAAUCUGGGGGUUGCCAGGACAACUACAGAACUCUUUGACCAAUCCAAUCUCUGUCACCUGACCUCAUCAACAGAGACUAUCUGAUACACUAAACGAAUGCUGCUACAAGAUGUAGUAAAUACUAUUUUCUAUUUCCCCUCCUCCUCCCAACGUGGUGCUCUCCCCUCCACACACCUCCCAACGUGGUACUCUCCCCUCCACACACCUCCUCCCAACGUGGUGCUCUCCCCUCCACACACCACCUCCCAACGUGGUGCUCUCCCCUCCACACACCUCCUCCCAACGUGGUACUCUCCCCUCCACACACCUCCUCCCAACGUGGUACUCUCCCCUCCACACACCUCCUCCCAACGUGGUACUCUCCCCUCCACACACCACCUCCCAACGUGGUACUCUCCCCUCCACACACCACCUCCCAACGUGGUACUCUCCCCUCCACACACCACCUCCCAACGUGGUGCUCUCCCCUCCACACACCACCUCCCAACGUGGUGCUCUCCCCUCCACACACCACCUCCCAACGUGGUGCUCUCCCCUCCACACACCACCUCCCAACGUGGUGCUCUCCCCUCCACACACCACCUCCCAACGUGGUGCUCUCCCCUCCACACACCACCUCCCAACGUGGUACUCUCCCCUCCACACACCACCUCCCAACGUGGUACUCUCCCCUCCACACACCACCUCCCAACGUGGUACUCUCCCCUCCACACACCUCCUCCCAACGUGGUUCUCUCCCCUCCACACACCUCCUCCCAACGUGGUACUCUCCCCUCCACACACCUCCUCCCAACGUGGUACUCUCCCCUCCACACACCUCCUCCCAACGUGGUACUCUCCCCUCCACACACCUCCUCCCAACGUGGUGCUCUCCCCUCCACACACCUCCUCCCAACGUGGUACUCUCCCCUCCACACACCUCCUCCCAACGUGGUGCUCUCCCCUCCACACACCUCCUCCCAACGUGGUACUCUCCCCUCCACACACCUCCUCCCAACGUGGUACUCUCCCCUCCACACACCUCCUCCCAACGUGGUACUCUCCCCUCCACACACCUCCUCCCAACGUGGUACUCUCCCCUCCACACACCACCUCCCAACGUGGUACUCUCCCCUCCACACACCUCCUCCCAACGUGGUACUCUCCCCUCCACACACCACCUCCCAACGUGGUGCUCUCCCCUCCACACACCUCCUCCCAACGUGGUGCUCUCCCCUCCACACACCACCUCCCAACGUGGUGCUCUCCCCUCCACACACCACCUCCCAACGUGGUGCUCUCCCCUCCACACACCACCUCCCAACGUGGUACUCUCCCCUCCACACACCACCUCCCAACGUGGUACUCUCCCCUCCACACACCUCCUCCCAACGUGGUACUCUCCCCUCCACCCACCUCCUCCCAACGUGGUGCUCUCCCCUCCACACACCACCUCCCAACGUGGUGCUCUCCCCUCCACACACCUCCUCCCAACGUGGUGCUCUCCCCUCCACACACCUCCUCCCAACGUGGUGCUCUCCCCUCCACACACCUCCUCCCAACGUGGUACUCUCCCCUCCACACACCACCUCCCAACGUGGUACUCUCCCCUCCACACACCUCCUCCCAACGUGGUACUCUCCCCUCCACACACCACCUCCCAACGUGGUGCUCUCCCCUCCACACACCUCCUCCCAACGUGGUACUCUCCCCUCCACACACCUCCUCCCAACGUGGUGCUUCAACAUAGACAUGUAAAUGUAUGUGAGACACCAGAACAAAAACAGCCAGUGAUUUUAUUGUUUUGUAUGUCAGAGGUGCUACAUGGCCAUUUUGCUAGUGCCUCUAAGAUGGUGUGCCGCCCCAUGUCUGACUGGUUAUAGAAUAGGGUAAAUAUGACUUUAUUGGUCCCCUGAUAUGAUCAACAACAGACUAUAUCAAUAUCAAUUCUGCAGGUUUGUGUUGAUUGUGUACAAAAACCCUAAAUGGAGGCCAGUGGGAAGAGUAUGCUUAUUUCAAGAAACAAGUCUUGUGCAUCUACAAACGUACUAAAAACAACAGCCUUGUUACGGUGCCUUUAUUACAUUAUCGAUUUCUCGAUUCAAACAAGUGUAGUUGUAUUAAUAAAGAGGAGCAGUUUGAACCGUUUUAAAGAAACAUUUCAAUCCUAGCACACUGCCUAUCCCCACAAUUCUCUUCUUUACCAUGAACAAGUAGUGUUCCUUUGUUUGACUUGAUUUCAGUUUAAGUCCUUACAGUAUUACAUAUCCCUUCCAUUGACUAAGCUGAAACAUGAAGUGUACCAUAAUUCUCUGUCCACUACAGUAUUAUGUGGUAGUAGUCAAUUCCAUUCAGGCAGUUCAGAACCUGAAUCAUAAUUCCAACUGAAGAACGGAAAGGAACGUCCCCGUUGAAAAUGAAAGGUACUUCUUGAGUCUAGAAUUUCUCAGUUCACCUUCUAGAACUAACAGAAUUGGAUUGGAAUUGACCCCAGCCAUGCUGUCAUUGUCCCAGGGGUUGACAGCUACAGCCUGUCUGGUCUGACAUGGGUCUUAGAAAACACUUUAUAUCAGCUGUCUGUGAGUGUUCAUUUCAUCACAAAGGUUUGUUUUCACAAGACUUGUACAUGAUUGUAAUAGAUACCUCAAAUUAAAUGGAUGUUUUGUGCUAA